UGGUGUGGGGAUGGGGACUCUAUGGACUCUUUUCUUUGCUUUUUGUUAAGAACAUAUCGUAAAAGUGAACCAUGGACGACCUCGACUGGGCGGCCAUCACUGGCGAGCCGAGCGAGCCGCUGCUGCGCAGUUCGCUCCUCGAUGACUCGCUCCAGCUGCCGCCGGUCAAACCAAAGUACUGGUGGCAGGCCGGCUAUGUCAGCGACAAUGACGUUGUGAUCCAUUCCGACACGGAUGGAUCGUUCAUGGGACACGCCGCCAAGCCGGCCGCCAAGAGCCAAGUGGACAGCCUGCUCAAUGACGUGCUACCUGUAAAAUCGGGUAAAAAGGCCGGUAGACCAAAGAAAGCUCCGGUCGAAAAAGCCAACACGACAUCAGGAAAGUCAAAAUCUGCUCCGAAGGCGGCUACGGCUGCAGCAUCUGGAGUUCUUGGUCUGCUGGAGGCCGAGUUUCCACGCCCCGGCGCGUCCACUGCCAAUGCCACGGCCGGCAAGAAACCGGCGUCCAAGUCGGUACCGGCCGCCGGCCGGCAGGGGUUUUUCGACAGCGCCGCCCUGGACCGCGACUCGAGCGGCGCCUCGGAGGUGUUUGUCGUGCCUCUGCCUCCCAAGGCGGCCAAGAGGACCAAGAAGACGGCUCCGGUCGCGCGGUCGCCGUCGCCGCCGCCGCCUCCGCCACCGCAGCCGGACCUUUUAUCCAACUGCAGGCCGGUGUCGGUAGACCGUAUGUCGGUGGAUAGCAUGGCGUCAGAGGCCAUCGUGAAGCCGACGGUGUUCCCAGUGCCCAGAGCGGCGCCGGCGCCGAGCCGCGUCGUGCCGCCCGCCGCCGGUCUGUCGCGGAUCAUCGACGACGCUGUCCCGCCUGGCAAGCCGCCGGCCGCCGCCAAGCGGGGUAAAAAGCCGGCAGCGGCGCCAGCCGCCGGGCGGGCGAGGAAACGAGCGCCGGUCGUGGCCGAUACGUCCGGGGAGGAGCCGACGCCGCGCCCGGCCGCCGCCAGGGGCAAGAAGGCGGCUCGCGGUGGUGCCCGGUCGGCGCUGAGACUGGAGACCUCGCCGGAUACGACGGGGGAGGACUGGGAGCCGGCGGCGGCGCGUCGGCCGGCCGCCGGUCGCCGGCGCAGGGCGGCCAUACACUCCGAGUCGGAGGACGAGGGCGACGUACUCGACCUAGGGUCGGCGCCGGCGCCCCCGCCCGGUCGGGCCAGGCCGCAGGGGGCUGCCCGGCUGGUGUACAGGGAAGAGUCGUCUCUGGACCUGAGCAGCAGCCGGGACACGUCGACCCCGGGCGACCUGACCUCGGACGGCGCCGACUCGGAGUACGUGCCCACCCCGGCCGCCGGCCGCCGACCCGCCGCCACUGAGCAGCCAGCUGCCCCAGCCGCCGCAGCGGAGGAGCCUUCGUUUGAGAUGCCACCAUCGCCACCGCCCUCCAAUAUGUCGCACCUGCCGGACCUGGAGUCCUACAGGGACCCGAAGCCACCGGCCCCGAAAAGGUCGGCAGCGAAACAACGGAAGCCGGCAGCUCCGCCGCCCCGGGAACCCACACCGCCGUCUGUGGAGCCGGUCCAGCCGCCGUCCAGGGAUGUGUCUCCGUCUCCAAUCCGCAGAAAAGCGACCGCAAACCGCCGCAAACCGGCAGCUCUACCAAAACAGAACGUGCAACCGCCGCCGCCUGAAGAGCCAAUCCAGCCGCCGUCCAGGGAUGUGUCUCCGUCAACAGUGGGGAAGAAACCGGCCGCAAACCGCCGAAAACCGGCAGCUCUACCAAAACAGAACGUGCAACCGCCGCCGCCGCCUGCGGAGCCGAUGCAGUUGCCGUCUAGGGAUGCGUCUCCGUCACCAGUGGGGAAGAAAGCGACCGCAAACCGCCGGAAACCGGCAGCUCUACCAAAGCAGAACGCGCGAGCACCACCGCCACCGCCGGUUGCAGAGCCGAAUGAACCGUCGUCCAGAGAUUCAUCUCCGUCAACAGUGGGAAAGAAACCGACGGCAAACCGCAGGAAGCUCACAGCUCCAUCGAAGAAGGACGCACAAGCACCACAACAGCCACCGCUGGCCACAGCAGAGCCAACCGAUCCGCAGCCUAGAGAUCUGUCUCCGUCCCCAGUGGGGAAGAAAGCGGCCGCAAACCGCCGAAAACCGGCAGCUGUACCCAAGAAGGACGUGCCGCCGCCACCGCCGCCAGCCCGGUCGCCAUCCCCGCCCGUGUCGGAGCCCGAACCGCCACCAGCCCAGAAACCGGCCUCAAACCGGCGGCGGCCCAAGUCCCCGCCGCCGCGAGAGCCCUCCCCGCCGCCACCCGCGCCUCCGCCAGCCGCUACAGAGGCGGCGGGGGACUUCGUGUUUGCCAAACCGUCAGCGCCGGCCCCGAAGCGUCGGGGGCGCGCUCCGCGCACGAAAGCGCCGGCUGCUGCGGAGCCGAGCACGCCGGCGCCUCAGGAAGCGCCGGUCGCCACGCGUGGCCGCGGGCGUUCACGCAGAGCCGCUGCGACGACCGCCGUGGAGACUGCUCCCGAGCCGGAGCCGGGGCCGAAGGGGGCGGCGCAGCUGGAUCAUGAGGAAGCGCCAGCCGCUGCGUCGGACGCCGCCUCCUCCGGCCCGGCGUGA